UAAGAAUGUAGGUGUCAUGGUUAAGAAGGCCAUUAGUAUAUCACACAUUAGCUAUUCGUGUUAUAAAAACAAGUGUCUCCAAGCUUCAAGAGUAAGAAAUCAGUAUUCACGAGAAUGUGUCUACCGAACACAGUCGUCGCAUUGUAACCUAGCCAGUUAAUUCUAGUCACAGUAACUACAGAAUGGAUUACAUUAGUGGUUGGUGUAAUAGUAAGAGGAGGCUGGAAGGGUCUACUGUCGUAGUGACCGGGGGCAACGCCGGAAUAGGCAGGGAGACCGUUUUAGAUUUAUAUAAACGAGGAGGUCGCAUCAUAAUGGCUUGCCGGAAUUUGGAGAAGGCUAAAGAGGCUCAAAAAGACAUAGAGGAGCAGUGCAAGGGACAGGAAGGCACGGGCUCCCUCGUGGUGGAGCACCUCGACCUGUGCCGGCUGGAGAGUGUGCGCGAGUUCGCGCGUCGCGUGUCGGGGCGCGAGCGCAGCCUGCGCGCGCUGCUGUGCAACGCGGGCGUCAUGAUGUGUCCGCUGGCGCGCACGGAGGACGGCUUCGAGACACACAUCGGAUCCAACCACCUCGCGCAUGCGCUGCUCGCGCUGCUACUGCUGCCGCUUCUCAUUCGGGGGACACCUUCCAGGAUCAUCUUCGUUUCGUCCAUCAUCCAUGAAUUCUUCUGGAUGGAUAUGGACGACAUCAACUUUAUGAAGACACCGUACACACCAUUGCGAGCGUAUGUCAACAGUAAAAUAGCUAACAUUCUGUUUGGAAAGGCUUUAGAUCUGAAACUAAAGGAGCAUAAUAUAAAAGGCGUAUCAACGUACAGCUUACAUCCUGGCGUUGUGAAGACGGGUAUAGCACGAUAUUUCCCAGAGGCAGGCUGGUGCGCGUCCAUCAUAAACUAUCUGUUCCACCACUAUCUACUGAGCUGGUGCUGGAAAACUGCGAAGUGUGGUGCGCAGACUAACAUCUACUGCGUCGUCGAUGAAAGAUGCGAGGAUGAGAGCGGCUUGUAUUACAGCGACUGUGCGGUGACUACGCCUUCCAAGCAAUGCCGCAGUCACAGCGAAGCUGAGAAACUCUGGGACAUCACUAUCGACAUGCUUAACUUACAUGACUAUGAUCCCUUCGGAAAUGUGUCGAUUUAAA